UUUGCAAACUUCCGGAUAACGAUAUUUCCGCAUUUAAUUUCAUGUAAACACAACAUUCAAAGGGUCGCACACAGAAAGCAGUCGGUGGACACAGCUGAAUGUAUGUCCGCGGUGGUUGCUUCAGCCUCCGUGAAGCUCAGCAGCAGCCGGCUGUUCAGCCCCAGUGAGCGGCGUCGUUUCUCCGUCGGGCUCCGCAAACAGUCGGCUAGCAGCGAGCUAAAGUUAACGCCGAGCCCCGGUCCGUCGGUCGCCGCAGCUCCGUUCACCGAGAGUCCGUCGACCCCGCAGAGAGAAGAGGACUCUCUCAUGGUGGUCCCACUUCAAUGGGGAACUGCCUGUUUUCACAAGGAGCGGAUGACCUGUCGCUGCUGAACGAGUCCGAGGGGGGCAGUCUGCCCGGAGAGCCCCCGCCGCCCUACCAGGUGCGCACCCAGUCAGUGCCAGUGUACCAUCCGACCCCAGGUGAGAGUCGCCUGGUCAGCCAGCUGACUGAGGAGGAGCAGGUUCGCAUCGCCCAGCGCAUCGGGCUCAUCCAGCACCUCCCCAGAGGCAUCUUCAACCCGGGCUCCGACCCCUCUGAGAAGAAAGUGAAAGAGUGUGUGAUCUGCAUGAUGGAUUUUGAAUAUGGCGAUCCCAUUCGGUUCUUGCCCUGCCUUCACAUCUACCAUUUGGAUUGCAUUGACCCCUGGCUGAUGCGCUCCUUCACCUGCCCCUCCUGCAUGGAGCCAGUAGAUGCAGCCCUGCUGGCCACGUAUGAAACCAACUGAGCAGACCCCAGUGGCUGCUUUUGCCUAAAAGUAACAGCACCUUUUUUAUCCAAAACGGUCCUGGCUGUUCAAACAGGUAGCCAAGGUGAUAUAAUAUUAUGCAGAUAUUUGCAGGGUGUUUGAGGAUUCAGACAGAUGUUAACAACUGUGCCCUAUAAUACAUUGUGUCAGUCAGAUAUGCAUCUAUUUAGGCUUUGGAAAGUCUUUGCCUUUUGAAGAAAGACAAUGUGCCAAAUCAAGCUAAAUGAAAAAAAAAAAAGCUGUACAAGUAGCAAAACAUUACUGCAAAGUAAUUUCACUUUCACACGGCUGACAGUCAUGAUUUUUAUGGUAGUCAAUGUGAUUAGCUUCCCUUUUCAAGACAUAAUGUGCAAUAUGUUACAUAAAUGAAAGAAAUGUAGGAAGCUUGUCGUGGUCAAAGUGGCAUCAUUGUUUAUGAGAACUAAGUUACUGUGUUCGGCAAAUGAUCCCAUGAUCUUGAUUGUCUCAGAAACACAGGCCUUCAAUGAAUUGCAAUCAUCAAAAUGCAGAAAAAUAGCAUUCAUUCUCCAGAACAAAGAUAUGCUGUGAGGUCUAAUGACCUUCACACCUGCAGCACCAUGAGAUACAGUGUUGUUUCAGCUUUUGAACAUAUGUUGAAGAUUGCUUCUAUUUUAGUUUACUAGGGUUUGCGUCUGUACUCUAGUCUUUCCUUUGAAGGUGCUUUCAUAAAUGUGAAUCUGUUUUUUGCUUUUCCACAAUAUGGACCCUGUCCUUUGCUUUGCCUUGGGUUUGUGCUCUCUGUUAUGUUUUUAAAAUGAGUCCUUACUGUGGUUUACUGUUAGUAACAUUUACAAAGACACAGUAUGCUGUGCAAUCCCCCCUUGAAGCACCUUGGGAUGACCCUCAUCUGAAAUUCUGUAGCGCGUAGAUUUCGUACAUGAUGUGUGUGUGUGUGUGUUUUGAGAGGAUUGUAGGUAGAGAUUGACAUGUCAAGGUAUCAUUUUUAAUGAAGCCUGUCAGUUGUACACCUUGUCGUAAUUACCUCUCUUUUUGUAGUUUGAAGCUGUUGGAUUUAGUUUUGUGUUGAAGGCCUUCUUCCAGCAAGUGAUGUAUUUCCAAAGCUCCUGCAUCUAGUAACACAGAAUGCUUUUAUCUUUUGGUGUUAGAUGUGUAUUCUCUGAUACUGGCUGUAUAAUGUAUAGCACGAACAAAUGACAAAACAGAAGCUACAGCAGUAGUAGGAAUGUAUCCUGAAUGUAAAGCGUGAUUUCAGCUGUUAAAGAUCCGGACAGUGUACGUGACGAUAAGACGACAUUUCUGAUUUACUGUGCACUUCCUGUGCCUUUUAAGGUUGAUGUAAACCAAUUCCUGUGAAGUACAAUCAUUUCUGACCUAACUUUUGUUUUCCUUUAGUUGUCCUCUAGGAGGAGACAGAUACCAGCAUUGUACUGAUUUGUGUCACUUUGAAACAGGCCGAGGAUGAAGCCAGAAAUUUACUCUGGCUGCUGUAAACAAUCAACAACAAUCAUUUUUUCUUUUAAUUUAUAAUGUGUGCUACCAGUGCACAGAUAUGAGGAAACUCAUGAAACCACAAUAAAAGUGGAUACCAAACCUUA